CUAAAUUCACUCCAAAUUAAUUCCAAAUCCAAAUUAACCUUCUCUCAUUCGUCCCUUCUUCUCUCUCUUUCCCCAAUCCGUUAUCACCACCACACGAGCGUGUUCUGCGUGACCUUCUUCUCUUUUUCUUCUUCCUAAAUUACCCCUCCAACAAAUUUUCAUUUUCAUUUCAUGAAUCUUUGGAGCGACGAUAACUCUUCAGUAAUGGAGGCUUUCAUGACCUCCUCUGAUUUAUCAACCUUAUGGCCACCACAACCACCGUCACAACCACCACAAACCACCACCGGAUUCAACCAAGACACUCUCCAACAACGUCUUCAGGCUUUAAUCGAAGGUGCAAAAGAAAUCUGGACCUACGCUAUUUUCUGGCAACCUUCUUACGACUAUUCAGGUUCUUCGUUACUCGGUUGGGGUGACGGCUACUAUAAAGGCGAAGAAGACAAAACAAAAGCGAAGAAAUCAAAAGUUACUUCACCUGCUGAACAAGAACACCGGAGAAAAGUUCUUAGAGAACUUAAUUCAUUAAUCUCCGGUAAUCCGGUUACAGAUGAAUCUCCUGUUGAUGAAGAAGUUACUGAUACGGAGUGGUUCUUUUUAGUUUCUAUGACGCAGUCUUUUGUUAACGGAACUGGACUGCCUGGACAAGCUUAUUAUAAUUCAGCUCCGGUGUGGCUAACUGGAGCUGAAAAUCUCGCCCUCUCAGCUUGUGAGAGGGCGAGGCAAGGUCAAGAACAUGGUAUACAGACGCUGGCGUGUAUACGGUCGGCUGACGGUGUUUUGGAGCUUGGAUCUACUGAGUUGAUUUAUCAGAAUAAUGAUUUGAUGAAUAAAGUGAAGAUGCUUUUCAAUUUUAACAAUAAUUUUGAUUUUGGAUCUUCAUGGCAGUUAGGUAAUAAUUCUGCUGCUACAAUUGGUGGUAAUCAAGGUGAGAAUGAUCCUUCUUUGAAUUGGAUCAACGAUCCUGAAGCUCGAGAUUCUGUUGAUAAUAAUUCUCUUGUUACAACAACAACGGCAGCAACAAAUGCUUCAAUCUCAGUUCCAAGUCACCAACAUCACAACAAUAAUCAGAAUUUGAGUGUGAGUGUUACGAAGACGAUGCAAUUUGAAACUCAUGGUUCGAGUACUUUAACUGAGGUUCCCAGUGUUGUUCAUGUUUCAAGCAAGCAAAAUAAUCAAAGUUUCUUUUCUAAGGAAAUGAAUCUUUCUGAUUAUGGUGGGAGUAACAAUCAGCAACGUUUGUUGAAGCCUGAAUCCGGUGAUAUUUUGUGUUUUGGUGAGAGUAAAAAGAGUUCUUAUGUUGCUAAUAAUGGAAACUCGAAUUCGAAUUUUUUCUCUGGUCAAUCACAGUUAGUUUCUGUUGCUGAGGAGAAUAAUAAUGGGAACGGGAAUGGAAAUGGAAAGAGGAGAUCACCGAAUUCGAGAGGAAGUAAUAAUGAUGAUGGAAUGCUAUCUUUUACUUCUGGUGUAAUUGUUCCACCGGCUACUUCAAAUUUGAAAUUCUCUGGUGGUACUGGUGGUGGUGAUUCAGACCAUUCGGAUCUGGAGGCUUCGGUGGUGAAGGAGGUGGAUAGUAGUCGUGUGGUGGAGCCCGAAAAGAAGCCGAGGAAGAGAGGGAGGAAGCCGGCAAACGGAAGAGAGGAACCGUUGAAUCAUGUUGAAGCUGAGAGGCAAAGAAGAGAGAAGCUGAAUCAGAGAUUCUAUGCACUUCGAGCGGUUGUUCCUAAUGUUUCAAAGAUGGACAAAGCUUCACUUUUGGGUGAUGCUAUAUCUUACAUUACUGAGUUGAAAACAAAGCUUCAGAAAACUGAAUCUGAUAAAGAUGGAUUAGAAAAGCAACUUGAUGGGAUGAAGAAUGAAAUUCAGAAAAUCAACGAAAACCAGUCUCAUCAGCCACCACAACAGCAGCAACAACAACAGCCAAUACCGAAUAAACCCUCUUCGAAUCAAGCUCUAAUCGAUUUAGAUAUCGACGUGAAGAUUAUAGGUUGGGAUGCAAUGAUAAGGGUCCAAUGCAGUAAGAAAAACCACCCUGCAGCGAGGUUAAUGGCAGCGUUAAUGGAGCUUGACCUAGAAGUGCACCAUGCCAGUGUGUCUGUGGUAAAUGAUUUGAUGAUACAACAAGCAACCGUGAAAAUGGGGAGUCGUUUUUACACUCAGGAGCAGCUUCGAGCGGCAUUGUCCUCUAAAGUCGGGGAUGUUCAAUAAAGUCUGCAAAUUUGCUGUAAUAAUGAGACAUUAAUUGGGAAUGUUAUAUCUGUGAAUUUCUCAUUCCUCCAAAAUUUUGGGGCAUGGGAUAUUUUAUGGAUUCCUGGUAGCUAUCUCUGUAAACUGGUAGUUUCUUUGUUUUUGGUAGCUUAGUACGAGUUUUGAGGUAAUUUAAUUUGGGAAGUUAUAUGGUUAUUGGGAACUAGAACUAGAAUUUGCUAGAGUCAGUUUUCUUACUGUCAUAUAUAGAUAGAGUUAGCUUUGAUGCAGUAAGUAAAAACUAAGUGUAUUUUUUUAUCUGUAAGAUUGUGCAUGCGUGCCUGUGUGUGUAUAUAUGUGUAUGUAUCAUUCUCAUAAAUGGGUAACUUGGUGAAAAUUCUGAAUAUUAUUAUUCUUCAGCUUAUGAGUGAUUGAGUUGUUGUGUUGGAUUCA